CCUGCUCCGAGAACGGGCUGCUCUGCUUUGGGUUGCUGGUGGACCGUGGUGCGCGGACGAGUCGGUAGGGUCAGAAAAUGUCUUCUGGUAAUGCUCAUAUUGGGAAGCCAGCUCCAAACUUCAGUGCCACAGCAGUGGUGGAUGGAGCCUUCAAGGAAAUAAAGUUGUCAGACUACAAAGGCAAAUAUUUGGUUUUCUUCUUCUACCCACUGGAUUUCACCUUUGUCUGCCCCACGGAGAUCACAACCUUUAGCGAUCGAGUUGAAGAGUUCCGCAAGAUCAAUUGUGAGGUUAUUGCUGCCUCUGUGGACUCCCAGUUCACCCACCUGGCUUGGAUCAAUACCCCAAGAAAGGAGGGGGGCUUGGGUCCCACAAGUAUCCCACUUGUGGCUGACAUUAAUCACAGUAUUGCCCAGGACUAUGGAGUGCUCAAGAAGGACAGCGGCAUCGCCUACAGGGGUCUAUUCAUAAUUGAUGACAAAGGCAUUGUGCGGCAGAUCACAGUAAAUGACCUUCCUGUGGGACGCUCGGUAGAUGAGACGCUGCGCCUGGUGCAGGCCUUCCAGUUCACAGACCAGCAUGGUGAAGUGUGCCCAGCUGGCUGGCAACCUGGUGGUGACACUAUCAAGCCCACUGUGAAGGACAGCAAGGAGUACUUCGCCAAGCAGCAGUAGGCCUCUUGUCUUGCAUGUCUGCUGUGCUACUGAGAGAAUCUGUUCAAAUGUGAAAGGGUAUUUGAUACUGAAACGUCUACUCCAGCUUUUAGAGGAGUUCAUUCUGUCGAGUUAAGCUACAAAAGUCUCCUGUGAAUAAUUCAUAGACCUAGCUUGAAUGUAAGUCUGGAUAGGAAAUUUGAUGUUCAUG